AUGUUCAAUCCAAUCUCGAACAAGCUCGAAGGCUGGAUUGUGAAUAUCCCCGGUCACGGCACACUGAAUCGUUGGACCACAGAUGAUGAGUACAUGCUCACCCAAGAAGUCGAAACCGUGCGUCUUAUCACCACAAAACGAGUUUGGCUUCCGUACAUCGUCAUAAACGAGCUCUCCGGCGAGUUAGCUUUCGAAAACCGCGACGGUCUCGACGAUGAAGAGCUGCCUACCCCAACCAAGGACAUCAAGCUGACCGAAGACCAAGUGGAAACCCUCGGCACAUCCACAUUCCUCGAUAUCGUCUUCUCCCACCCCGUUUUCCACACAACGCCUGAGGACACCUUCGCACUGCGCCACUCGGACCUAGACUGGCAGAACAUCCUGAUCGACAACUCUGGCAAUGUAACAGGCGUACUUGAUUGGGAUGCCUCCCUCGCCAUGCCCUGCUGCGUCGGCCACGCCGCCGUCCCGGCAUUCUUCGACUGCGACUUCUAUCCCAAAUCCAUCGUCAACACUCCCUUCGUCUGCUGGCGCGCCGGUCACUACCCAGCGUUUGCGGCGCUGUAUGAGGGAGGUGACAAGGAGGAUUUUAUGACUCGGGCUUCGAAAGAGAUCCCAGGUUUGCAGAUUGAUGUUUGGACUGUAAAGUUUUUGUUAGCGAAGGGGUGUAAGAAGACGGAGGAGGUGCUGAAGACUGAGCUCUGGAAGGGGUUGGAUCCUGAGAUGCCGCCAGACGGACUGUUAGGAGAGGUCGAGAAGCAGCAUGCGGAGGCAGCUGUGCAAAUUUGGAUGGAUGAUUUUGCGAUGUUUCCCUUGAAUGGCGAUGAUGAGGCGUAA